CGCAAUUGCAGAGUGAGGGGAAGAGAGAGAGAAGGGGAGAGGAGUGGAGUGGGUAGAUGCUAUCGUGCGCCUGAAGUCAUCGUUAAGCUCUAUCAUCGUGAUCUAUGGGAGGGGAUGGAAACGGUGGCACAGCGGCGCGUGCGACGCUCCCGGCCGAGCCUCAGUACGUGUCGGUAAAGACGUCGGUGUGGUGGGACAUCGAGAACUGCCAGGUCCCCAAGGGCUGCGAUCCACACGCCAUCGCUCAGAACAUCAGUUCCGCGCUGGCCAAGUUGUACUACAGUGGUCCAGUCUCCAUAUCUGCCUAUGGCGAUACAAAUCGCAUCCCGGCUUCUGUGCAGCAGGCGCUCUCCAGCACCGGCAUCGCUCUCAAUCACGUCCCCGCCGGUGUGAAAGAUGCAAGUGACAAGAAGAUUUUAGUUGAUAUGCUGUUCUGGGCGGUGGAUAAUCCUGCCCCAGCUAAUUAUUUGCUGAUUUCUGGUGAUAGAGAUUUUUCUAAUGCUCUCCAUCAGUUGCGAAUGAGAAGAUAUAACAUACUUCUAGCACAACCACAAAAAGCAUCUGCUCCGCUAAUUGCUGCAGCAAAGAGUGUAUGGUUAUGGACAAGCCUUGUUGCUGGAGGAUUCCCACUAUCAAGUGGUGAAUCAUCACAACUUGCUGAUUGUAACAAUGUGUUCAACCCUGAAAUGUCUCAGUAUCCAGUUCCCGAGACCAUGCAAACAAGCCAACCUGUGGAUUCCAAUUCUGAUGGUCUUUCUGCAGGAACUCAGAAGUUUUUUUCUGUGGGGAGGGUUGGUGAUAGUAAAUCCAAAGGGAAAUUGAUCCGGAAAAUUGCAAAUCAACCAAACAUAACAAGAGCUUCAAGUGUGCUAGUUGGGAUUCAGGAGAGCAACAGUUUCUCUCACCAACCAGAAUAUACACAGGGAAAGCAGUUUAAGAAAGCUCCUCAUGAAUUCUUUGGUGCUAGUGAGUCUGUAGUAUCUGCAAAUGGGUCUACUCCCAAUUACUUUCAAGGGAAUCCUGACUCUUCAGGGAUCAAUGGCAAUAACUUCAUUGGAAAUCCACAAGAUCACUAUCCUCAUCCUUUGAGGCCAAACAACAUCCCUACGCAAGCUAGUUUUGCUUCAAAUAAUCUGUAUCCACCAAAUUCUUAUAGCCAUGGUUUUCGACCAAUGCCUCCCAGAUCUGAAGGUCCGAGAUUUCCCUCGGCUCCACCUGCAAAUGUGCCUGAUAUUAGCCGGCUAAGUAUGUCUGAAUACCCCAACUAUGCUCAAAAUCCUCCUAAUUUUCAUCAACGCAUUGGAGGAGAGUACAAACCAUACUCUAGCGAGUCUCCACACCCACCAGGUUUAAAUGUACCACAGAAAGGCUAUCUCCCACACACAAGUCAGCUGCUCUACCAGGAUACUUCAAGCAAUAGGUAUCCUGGUGGUCCUGAUUUGCCAGCCCAUUCGUCCUCCCCAUUGGGUGCCAACUCUGUUUCCAGUAAUGGUGUGUGGGGCUCACAAGGAUGUCCACAACCAUCUGAAUACGUGCAAGGUCUUAUAGGGGUUAUUCUACUUACUUUAAACACCUUAAAAACUGAAAAGAUUAUGCCUACCGAAGUGAAUAUAAGCGAUUGCAUUCGUCAUGGAGAUCCAAAACAUCAAAAUACUGAUGUGAGAAAGGCCCUGGAAAGUGCUGUUGAGCAGCAAAUGGUAGUGAAGCAAAAUUUAGGUGCAGUACAGUUGUAUGUUGGUAAAAAAGAGAGAUUAUGGAAGUGUGUGAACCCUAUAGGUGGUAAUCCUAAUCAAUAUCCAAAAGCAACAUGGGAUAGAAUUCAAAUGUUUUUAGCUACCUCUAUAGGACGAUCAGCAAUAAUGGCUUCUCAAUGCAAGUAUGAGGCAGCAUUGAUUCUUAGAAACAAGUGCUUAGAAGAGUUUGCUUUGGGUGAUGUGCUCCAGAUCUUGAAUAUGCUAAGCACAAUGAAGAAAUGGAUUGUAAAUCAUCAGUCAGGAUGGCAACCAAUUACAAUUACUCUUGCAGAGACAAAUACUGAUAUAAAUACUGAAACUUCUGCUUGAGUUAAUGAUGAUGAGUCAAGGUACUGGAAAGUGGCUCUAAGACACUUCAGCAGCAGAAUUUAAUUUUGGGUUUUUGGAUUUGGGAACUGGAGGUAGGUGGGUCACUUUUAAAAGAAUUAUAAUCGUAAAGGUAUGAAGAAACUAUGGUGAAUAAGAACUUUUAGAUUGAGAGUCAAGUGAAUAGGGAUAGGGGUCUUGUUUUUCAUUUGUGUUUGUGUGGGUUUCAGUGGAUUUGAUAGGAAAAAGGAAAGUUCAUUUUGGAUAAAGGUCAACCAUCGCACUCCGUGUCAUUUCUCUCAUGGUCCUGAAUUACAACUAUAACCUACUUGCUGCAUCUAAAGUCUGUCCUGCUUAGGUAGGUUGCACCUGCGCUAUGAAGCUUCUGUCUGGUGUCAUUGUUGCUGGAAGUUGUUUAAUUAGGAUAAAACCUAAAGCCCUUGUUUUAAAGUAUGAUUUGUUUAAGAGAAGCUCUUCUCUGGAAGGAUUGAUGGUCUUCUCCUUUGGCAUGUAGACUUGCAAGCAAGUUGUGUAAGCAAUGGACUAGUUACGAGUCUUGUUACAUUUAGUGGCUUAUGGAGAUAAGCUCUACUGUCCAGACAGAGGCAUAAAAGGGGCAGGGAGAUAAGAAUUCUAGUUCUGCCAUUUUUUCAUGGGAUUCUGCAGAUUACUUAAUGGACAGGAAGCAAUUCAUGGAAGAACAAGAUUCAAGCAGGUAUAUAGUUAUCAUUGAAGCCUUCAAGUACGAUAAUGCCAGAAAGCUUGAGAUGGAGGGCAACUGGUAUCUUGUGAUUAAGGUCAAGGAAGUAUAGUAAGAAAGCUACAUUCAUGGUUAUGCGGUUAUGCUGUUGCUGUUGCUGUUGCUGGAUCAUGAAUGAUAUAGUAUGGUAUGAUCAUAAAUACUGGAAAUCAAUGCUGGAAUACUUCAGCUGAAAUGUUAUAUUACUUUUAUCAUGAAAAUCUAUGUUUGUGUUCAUAAACUUUUGUUGGGGGAAAAAAUAAAGUUAGAACCUGAGAAUAUUAGUUAAACAUUGAAAUGAAUGCUUGUGUGUAGCUCUGUGUAAACUGUUUUUUCCCCCAGUUAGUAAGACCUGUUUGGAUGUUUCUGCCCUGAAUCCUAUUUGUGCUUGCUGCAUAUGGCCUGUAGGAUGCUAAGCAAGAGAACUUGAUGCUAAAAAGCCCCUUUAAGGUUUCCUUUUUCCCUUCUUACA